AUGGUCAACAACUCGGACUCGCAUUUGGUAAAGCACUCUUUAAAUGGUCACAACUCUCAAGGAAUAACACUUGCCCAGCCCGAUACUCCACUAUUGUCUAUUCCUGAUCGCAGCGACCAUCACAAUCCCGCCAUUUUUACCAGCACUGACAAUACAACUAUACACCGAGAUGGUGUCGCCUUCAAACACAUGGACGAGCUAUUGGCCAAAUUGAAAUUCGAAGACACGAUUGACGAUGAAGUUCAACCAAGUCCGGUUGUGAAACUUCCUUGGAUUAGUCCACUCACUUCCAAACUUCUCAACAAUCCAAAAGCAGAGACUUAA